CAUCAAUCACCUGCUGGCAUCCGCGCUUCUACGUCGCCUUUCUUUCUCCUUUCCCUUUUUCUUUUUCCUACCUACCUCCUUGCCAGUUAUUGGUUUCAGUGCCUGACAGAGUCCUUUUUACCAUUUUGUUCUGGCUACAUCAUCGUGACUCGAUUGGCCUUUGUUCACGGAGCACUGGUUCACCUCACCCCUCCUUGUGGCACCGAAGCGACUACCGUCUUCAAUCUUCCAUCAGGGCGGCUUCUGUUGCGGUUAUAACAAUCAUGGACUCCAUGAGAUCUUUGAACACGUCUUUACCGAGCUCGACGCCUCGCCCGCAGCCUCCCGAACAGCUCCUACAAUCGUUCAAAGCUGCUGCGCUGUCCGUUACCAACCUUUACAAGAAUGCUGUACUGGAACAAGCCCAGGCGAGACAAGCAGGUUACCAAGAAGCCAUUGAAGAUCUUCUUCAGUUUCUAGACAAAGAAAACCUUGGCCUCGGCGAUGGGGAAGGGUGGAGAGUACGACAGUGGGCGACUGAGCGAAGUGACGGCCUUGGUACACCUAGCGACGAUGACGAGCGUGUAGAUCUUGACAAGUCCAGAAAUGCUCCGCAGGCCACAGUUCGUAAGGAGCAGCCUGAGUCAGAAGCUGUCCGGCAGUCAACGAAGUUGGAAUCUCCUCAGAAACCUGGAUUGUCUCAGCGGGACGAGCCCGCCGCCCCGGAGCAGCAGCCAACAGCGCUGUCUACCCCCUCAACCAACGAUAUCAACGGCUUGGAUAGGCAUGCUAUCUUCACCUUUACGGCAGGACCAUCUUUCCCUCAAUACCAGGAACACGACGUCGACAUGCAAGCCUCAGAUAGCUCUACGGCAUCUUCUCAGGAUGGUUCCCCCGUCAGCGUCUCCGUCUUGCCCCGAAAUUCCCGACAGCAAAACCGCCAAACCAACCUAUCGCGACCGAAUACUCGAAACUCUCCCCGCGACUCAUCUGUUGGAAUAGGAUCGAAGCGGAAGCUCACUUUUCCCGACUUUUUUGACCUCUCUGGUAUGGGAAACAACAAAGACAUGUUUGGAGGUGGCAAACGCGGCCGCUUCGCCUAGAGAAUAUAAUUGUCGACGAUGGGACGAAUUUUAUUCUUAUAGUCACGCAGCGGUUGAUUGAUACUGUGGAUUUUCGGUGCAUUUGUGGGAGUAUUACUUGUGAUUUCUGGUGCUUUUUUCUCUGCAUUUCAUCAUCAUCUUUCUAUUCUUACCUUCUUUCACAUUAUCACACUUUCCAAAAACCUUUUCGUGCUUUUGUUUGUUUCAUGCAUUUCAACCUAUAGAGGAUAUCAGAUAUGGCGAUACCCAGUGAGGCAGUUGUUGUGAACCUUCAAUCGUAUAUAUUUUGAAUUUUGGUCUGCAUGCGCACCAAGGAAUCCUUUGUUUUCCUUCUUCCCAGGACAUAUAGUAUACCAUCGAUAUUCAAUAAUGUACAUUAUGAGCUCGCACAAUACCCAAAGCUUUGCUGCC